UCGUGUUCUCCUCUUCCUCUCCCUCGUCUCCUCCCAACAAGUCGAUCUCCUUCGCUUUAAAUUUUGUGGUAGAUUUUUGUCUCCUUCGCUCUCCACGCUACCGCCUCGCCGUGCCGGAGCCCGGGCGUUCCCCGCCGCCGAGAACCUCCGCCUCCGCCUCCAUCUCCUCCGCCGCCGCCGCAGAUGGAUCGGGAAGAAGGUAAAGCAGCGCAGAGCCCGCCGAAUUUAGGAGCGCUCCUGGCUAAUCCGAGGGGUGGUUGCCAUUGGUGUGCAGUGACGGAGUUCCUCGGCCAGGUGCCCCUCCUGCAGUGCCUCCCCAGCUCCUCCAUCCGCAGGAUCGCCGACGCCGUCCUGGUGAAGCGCUACGAACCUGGUGGUUACGUUGCUCGUGAAGGUGACCCUGUAGAUGGCCUUUACAUCAUAUUGGAUGGGCAGGCUGAGGUUUCAGCUCCUGCAAACACAGAAGAAGAAAACCGCCCUGACUAUGUGUUAAAUAAGUAUGACUACUUUGGUUAUGGAACCAAUAGUUCUGUGCAUCAAGUAAAUGUUAUUGCAGUAUCAAAGCUGACCUGCUUCGUAUUGCCAAAUCAAUAUGGACACUUGUUGCAACCAAAGACCAUUUGGAGUGCAGAAGAGACACCUGAGAACCAUUCUUUGCUAGAACAAAUUUUGCACUUAGAGCCAUUGGAGGUCGAUAUCUUCCGUGGGUUUACUUUGCCAGGAGCUCCGACUUUUAGGCAAGUUUUUGGAGGACAGUUGAUAGGACAGGCACUAGCAGCAGCAUCCAAGACCGUUGACUGCCUAAAAGCGGUGCACAGUUUGCACGCAAUUUUCCUUAUCGCAGGAGACAAGAAUUUGCCAAUAAUAUAUCAGGUUCAUCGGGCGCGCGAUGGAACAAGCUUUGCCACCAGAAAAGUGGAGGCAAAGCAAAAGGGCCUUGUCAUUUUCACCUUGAUUGCUUCAUUCCAGAAAGACGAAUUAGGGUUUGAGCAUCAAGCUGCAAUCAUGCCUGAUGUUCCUCCUCCAGAAGAGCUCCUGAAUCUGGAAGAGAUACGGGAAAGAAGACUUACUGAUCCUCGCUUCCCAAUGCAAUAUAGGAACUCAGCUGCCAAGAAAAAGUUCGUACCUUGGCCCAUAGAAAUGAGGUUUUGUGAAGAUUCAGCAUCUCAACAUAAACCAAGCUUAAAUUAUUGGUUUAGAGCCAGAGGAAAACUUUCUGAUGAUCCAGCACUGCAUAGGUGUGUUGUAGCAUAUGCUUCGGAUCUACUAUAUUCUGGUGUCAGCCUAAAUCCUCAUAGGGAGAAGGGUCUGAAGACAUACUCACUCAGUCUUGAUCACUCGAUUUGGUUCCACAAGCCUGUGAAAGCUGAUGAUUGGCUUUUAUAUGUGAUCGACAGCCCAUCUGCACACGGUGGGCGGGGUUUUGUUACAGGGCGAAUGUUCAACCGACAAGGAGAGCUCGUCAUGUCGUUGACCCAAGAGGCGCUGAUUAGGAGGGCGAAGACGCCAGGACAACCGUCACAAACCCCAAGGCCAAAGCUUUGAGAGGUGCAGAAGAGCAGUAUUAUCGUUUCAUUUUUGGCACUUUCACAGUUAUUUUCCUUUUCAAUGGAAGUCUAUAACACGUAGACGUGAAGCCGAAGUAUAGCAUACUGCAUAUAUGUAGCAAGAAAAAACGAUGGUAAAACUGGUUCUGUAAUUCACGAACAGCUUACUGACAUACCACGUAUGUAUUGGAUCGGGAAAAAUAAGCGAAGAACUUGGUAUCGCUUUUUUUUUAUCUCAAUAAAGCCUUCAAUUAUUUCAAUUUAA